CUUUUUGGCCAACUCUUGUGUUUUGUAUCUCUUUGUUCUCUUCUCACAUUUGGCCUACGACUCCUCAUUUUCAUGUGCUUUGUUCCACUUCAAAUUCACUAUCUUUGGCCUACUCUUCCACUAUUUUUUCAACUUUCUUGAAUCUACAAAUAGACCAUAAGGAUUGGUUUUUAUAAUCUGACAUGCUCAAGAAAAGUUUUGAUCUUUAUUGACUUACAAUGUUCCAACUCUCUUGUCAUUUCUACACAUACCCUUUGGAGAUAAACUAAAAUCCCACUUCCAGGCCAAACAUAUGAUAGAUCCAGCAUUGAAAAAUGGUUAUCUUGUGGGAAUUCAACUUGUCCUGUCACAAUGCAGAAACUCCAUGACUCUUCUAUUGUUCCAAACACCACCCUUCGCCAUUUGAUUGAUCAAUGGCUUCAAAUUAAUUGCAGCCAUGGUUAUGAUCUUGAUUACUUUCAAACAUUUGAUGAUUCAUUUGUUGUUCUCAAACACAAUCUUCAGUCAAAGGAGUCUACAUUGGAGACAAAAGUUGAAGCACUAGAUAAAGUUCUUGCUUUAUCAAAAGAUCUGCCUUUCGAAAACUGUCCCCUGAUUCAGCUAGAUUUCUUCCAAAUGAUUCUUGAAUUAGCCUUGGAAAGUUCAAAUUUUGAAGAAAAUUUCAUGUUUGUGGAGAAAGCAUUAGUUUGUGGAUUGAAAUUGUUGCCAUUUAGUGACUUGGGAACUCUUAACAUGCUCAAAGAAGAUGAAUCAAAGUUCACAAACUUCUUGAUUUUGCUCAAGAAAGGAACUUUUAUCAUCAAGAAAAGCUUGUGUCACUUCAUAGUGGCAAUUUCAUCAUCCAUACAAUCAAAGGAACUUUUAGUUAUGUUGGGUAAAUCCAAGAUUCUUAUUCAAGAACUUGUUCAUCUUAUUGAGAACAAAGUAGAUGGUUAUGAAGAAUCAAUCAAAGCUCUCUCAGCAUUAUCUUCUCUUGAACAGAAUUGUGAAGUUAUAGCAAAGGAAAAUACAGUUAAUGCAUUGAUAACAUUCAUUGUGAAUGCUCCCAAGUGUCAAUAUAAAAGCUUAUUUGCACUAGUUAUGGCAAUGAAAACAAUUGAGACAUUGCUAGUUGUAGAAAGUGCAAAAGAGGAUGUUUUGGAUCAUCCAAAUGGUGUUAGUGAAAUUGUGAAGAUGGUAUUUAGAGUGUCAUCAGAUAAUGAAGCAAGUGAAAGUGCAAUGAAUUGUUUAAUCAUUUUGUGUCAAGAUUUCAUGAAUGCUAGGGAAGAAGCUAUUUGUUGUGGAAUUUUGACUAAGUUGUUGUUACUACUUCAAAGCCAAUGUAGUGAAAGGACUAAAACUAAGGCUAGAAUGUUGCUCAAGUUGUUGAGAUCCAUGUGCAAUGGGGACCAAAAAUGAGUCUUCUACAUUAUUACAUGAUUUUACAGCUGA